AUGAAGACAAUCGUGUUCAUUGGAGGCACCGGCGCUCAGGGCGGUGCCAUCAUCCGGACACUCUCUUCCACAAAUGAAUACAAGGUCCUCGCCCUGACACGCAGCACUUCUUCGUCCGCCGCCCAGGAAAUUGCCCACCUUCCAAAUGUCGAACUUAUAGAAUCCAAGGCAUCCUUCGGUUAUGAUGUUGACAAAUUCUACGAGGCUGCACAGCGAUCUGACUACGCUUUCAUCAAUACUGACGGUUUCGCGCUUGGAGAGCAAGCUGAGACAUACUGGGGGAUUAGACUGUUUGAGUUGUCAGCCAGGGCCGGUGUGAAACAUCUCAUCUGGAGUGGACUCGAUUACAACGGAAGAAAAACCGGCUACGAUCCAAAAUUCUACGUUGGGCACUAUGAAGGGAAGGCAAGAGUUACAGAAUGGAUGCGUUCUCAGCCGACUAGUCCAAUGGCCUGGUCCGUCAUCAACUCGGGACCCUACAUUGAAAUGCUUUGGGAGCUUCUUCUCCCAGAAAGGGGCAGCGACGAUGUAUACAGGUUCAAGCUCCCACUUGGCCAAGGGGCCAUCCCCUUCGUCCAUCUGGGCGACUUCGGUCGCUAUGUUGCAUGGAUCUACGCAAAUCAAGACGAGUCAAAUGGCAUGAUCCUAGACAUUGCCGUUGCUCACGUCUCGGGUCCAGAUCUCGCCAAAGCCUUUACAGCUGCCACCGGCAAGAAAGCCGAAUACAUCUACGAGCCAGCCAAUGAGAACGUUGAGAAACAUUUCAAGCAUUUGCCAAAAGGUGUGGACACUAAGGUCGGAAUUACCUCUGUCAAAGACGAAAACGCUCUCCUGUUGACGUUUGGUGAGAACUUCACCAACUGGUGGAACCUGUACCAAAACAGCGCACACAACAAAGGGAUUAUUCAGCGUGACUAUGUUUUGUUGGAUCGUAUCUUGCCUGAUAGGGUCAAAAGUGCUGAAGAGUGGAUGAGAAAAGUUGGGUAUGAUGGCACGAGGCGUAAAGUGAUCAAAUCCAGAGAGGCGGUGCCUCCAGCAGCGUAA